GCGAGUUUGAAGGCAAGCUCUACAAUAUGAACGAGCGGAUCGGAUGUCUUCAGUGCACCGAUAUCGGCGUCACCUAAGGCGACCGGAACCGACGUCGCGUCGCGGACGUCGUUAUGCCACCGAAAGACACGUGCUGUGCUCAGGCUGCCAACGGAUACUGCCUGGUAGCGGAAUGCCCUGUCGACGUCGUCGGUUUCUGUGAGGCACAGAUUCGGUGCGAGGCGCGAGGUCUUCCUAUGGCUUCCCGAGAACUGUACUACAACUACAGCCUCAUCGGCGACCCAACUGUGCUUCCCGCCAACGAAAUUUACUUCUGGGUUAACAUUCAUCGUGGCGAAGACUUGGUGUGGCGCUGGAUGCCGAGCAUGGAACCGAUGGGCGACGUGUAUUUCGUUAAUGCGUUGAGUCCUGACCAUGACUGUGCGGAGAUGAUCAUCGAAAACGGCAUGAUAAACUUCCUCAGCAUACCGUGUUUCGAAAAUGACGAAGAGUGUACGCUUUGUUACGAUCCUCAAACAAAUCUCCCUGCGUGCUAGGAGUGAAGUAAAAAACCAUCCUAUGAGCAUCUGCACUUCCUUAAUAUUACUGAAGAGUAGUUGACUCUGUUGAGAUAUUAUCGGAACUGGUCAUAGAACGCUUUUGAGGAUUUCAACCGGCGAUCUUGAGUUAAUUAUGCACCAAUCUGUUUGUGUUUAUUCACCAAUCUGUUGGGCAGCGAAUGUUCUCAAAUAAAAAUU